AUGGCCGAUCUGUGCAUUCUGGGCGAUUACAUAUGCGUAGCAGUACUGACGACCUCCCCACCGGCAUCCAGCAGCUGCGUAUCGGAGCACGGGGCAGCGGGCAGCUCAGCGGCACAUAAGGCACCCGCCGCGGGCUGUGUGCACUCCAGCAGCUCAGCGGAGCCGGAGCACACGCCGCCAGCCACGCCGCCAGCCACUCCGCCAGCCACGCCGCGGCUCUCGGCUGUCUCGCCAUCGGCGUCCUCCCCGUCCUCGCCUCCGCCACCGUCUUCGGCGGAGGCUCACGUUGCAGUCGCUGUGCCGACAACCAUCCCCUCUCGCAGACUCGUCGACCUCCCCGACGACGCACUGCACUGCAACUUCUUCCACCUAGACGACUCGACUCUCUUUGCGCUCGGCUGCACCUGCACGCGCCUCGCGACAUAUCUCGGUGACGCUGCCUCGCUCUGGCAGUCGCUGGCAGCCGCAAAGUGCGUCACGGCAUGUGCCCCACUCUCUGCCCGCGAGACGCUCCUGCACCUUCGCGCGGUUGCUAAGCGUCUGCGACCGCACGCGCUUCAGCCGCCUCCGGUCGCCGCUCAGCGCCUGCGUCGUUUUGCCGAUCCGGCAGCAGAGGCGCUGGCCGGCGUGGAGGCGGUGCGGCUCGGGACGAUCAGCGCGCGCGACCGAGAGUGGCUGCGCUGGUUCGGCCGCUUCGAGGACGGCAAGCUUGUCCCGACGACAGGUCGGAACGGCGAGUGGUCCCUGCAGCUGAUCGACGGCGCCGGCAGCUGCAUCGCUUCGGCGUUGCCUUCCCGGCGGAACUCUCCCGGCCAAGCAGCGGAGACUUUUCGCAUAGCGCGUCCGAAGGUCUCGAUCGGGCAUGCCAUGGACGUGCUCGGCAGCUUGCUGCGGCAGCUGGUAUGUGUGUAUGUAGGGAGGUGAAGAGCAGCCAGGCUCGGACUGAACACGCGGUAUGGGUGGACGCAAGACAGAUGAUGACGACACGCACGAGCGACACACAGACACAGACACACAAAGUAACUCUCACAAGACACUCAGCCAGCUGACACUGCCACACACCCUGAGUGGGCGUACACAAGCUGGUCGCGGCGACAUCGAGCUCCAAUCAUACCCUACCAAACCCGGUACCCCAAUCCAAUGAACUGCAACAGGUCGCGUACGACGCCGCGUGCGAUCUCGGCGAUCUCGGCGACGAGCUCCGCCGAGAUCGGCCGAGGCCAGCCGAGGGCGAUGUCGGCACCGUCGGCGAGCAUGGCGAGGCGGCGGGGAGGGAGGAGGCUGGUGAGGCGGCGGCAGCGGCAGAGGAGCCGGGAGGCAGAGCUGGCGACAGGCGGAGCCGGCCGCCGUUGCGGCGAGUGCAGCACGUGGUGCUCGUUGCAGCGGGCACGCGUGCGGCGGAGACGCUGGAGCGGGCGGCCUGCUCGAUCGCUUUCAAGAGCCAUUUGGUGCUCUGCCGCCCGCUGGGUGGGGAAGAUUUGCAAGUGGGAGACAGGAUGCGGUCGAAAACGGUCAACUUUUGCGUUGGAUGUAAUCAACAGUUUGAUUGGUAA